CUUUGGUGAUAAAAAAAAAAUAAACAAAUAGCUCCUGUCAAACACUUCCAUAAUUUUUAAUCAUUAAGUUUAUUUUUAAAGAAAAAAGUUUUGUGAUCUCAUUAAAUGGUGCUAGAUAAUAAUUUGCAGUUACUAUUAAAUAAAAUAAAAUAAUUAAACGCAAUGUCAACAAAAGCGUUGAAUUCAAUUGCUGAUGAAUACUUUUACAAUCUCAAUCCUCUCGCAAAACGUAUCGGGGAUGAUGUGAAAGCAACAAAGGAAGCAUACGAGGGUCUGUGGAAUACCCUGAGUCUGAAAGAAAAAAAUCAAGCGAUCGACGAAACAAUUAUUCAGCCAGAAAUCGCUCUCAAGUAUACGACAAUUGGUCCCGCUGAUAAAAAUAAAGAAAUUUAUGAUUGCUACCCAAAAUUACGGAUUCAAACUGGUAUGAAGUUCGUGAUUGAUGAAACUGGAUCUACUUUGAAGUGGAGAGAUGAGCAUUCGGGACCAUUUUCAUUCAUGACUCAGUCCCAGAUGAAUCUGCAUUUGCUGGAGUUGCCAUCAGAAAUUACCAAAACAAAAGUAUCUGAUUAUGCUGAUAAAUCUCCACAUUUUUUGAGCCCGAUUAAAAUAAAUGAGAGCAGUUUUGACAGUUCGUCAAAUGACUACAGUCCGACAUCAACUCAAGUCAGUUUUUAUCAGUCAGAGAGCUUCAGUGACAGCGCCUACAGCAACGUCGAGUGCAACAGACUUAAUAACUGUGCAAAUAUUGACACUACUGGUAAUAUAUUUACAAAACUUAUUAAUAAAACUUCAUUGCUGAAGAUUAAUCAUCCUGAGGACGACUUGGAGAGUCUUGUGCCGCAGAAACAAAUAGUUAUUGGAAAAAAUAACGCUGGUGGUAAAAAUAAUGGCAAUGGCAAUGGCAAUGGCAAUGGCAGUAAGAAUCAAAUGAAUAUCAAUUUGAACAAUAGAUCGAAGUCUGAUGCCAGUGAAUCCACGGCUCUGCUGGAAACCCCCAGCUCUUAUAAUAGCUUCCAAUUUUCACAGAAUAAUCAGGAUGACGAGAUACCAAAGACUGGAUUUGAAUUUUUAGAUAACUGGUAAUUUAAGUUUUAAAAUACUCAGAUUUUAUAAAUAUUUUUAAUCAAUUUUGCGAAUGUUUUUUUACCAAAAAUAUUAACUUACAUAAUUUAUUUAAAUAUUAAAUAGGAUUAAUGAAUUUUUUAAGUAUUUAGAGUGUGUUCUACACCCUGAUUAAAAAUAUUCAUUGAAAAGUAUUGAAAAAGAUGAGAAUUGAAUCCUUUUGAAUACUUUCUAUACCCCAUGGUUUUCAUUUGGACAUGAAAUUAAUACUUUUCAAUCCCAAAAUAAUAUAAGAAUUUCUAAACUUCCGAGGAAUUGGAAAAGAUUCAAAUGAAUUGAUAUUUUUAAUCUUUCUGAAUACUUUUCAAUACCAAAAAAGUUUCGAAUUUUAGAGUCACGUAUGGGAUUGAAAAGAAUUGAAAUUUUUGAAUCCUUUUCAAUACCAAAAUAGUCCGAUAUUUCGGAUCGAGUGCAGGAUUGAAAAGAAUUCAAAUGAAUUUAAAUUUUUGAAUCUUUCUGAAUCCUUCUCAAUACCAAAAUAAUUCCAUAUUGGAAGGUAUUGAAAUGAUGAAAAAUUGAAUUCUUUUCAAUACUUUUGAAUUCCAUUUUAAAAAUUAGAAAGUAUUCAAAUGAUCGAAAUUUCAGUUUCAUUCAAUACUUUCCAAAACCUCCGUGAAAUUGAAAAGAAUUGAAAUAAUUUUCAAUCCUUUUCAAUGAAUAUUUUUAAUCAGGGCAGUUUAUGAUAAACUAUUCAAAACAAAAAUGAAUUUUUUAUUAUAGUAAACUUUUAAAAAAAUUUCAUUGGUCAUAAAGUUUAAAAAUAAUUUUGAAUCGGAUUCAAAUAAUUAUAUAUGGACAUAUAUGACGUAUAUCAACCAUAUAUACCAUAUCUAUAAGAAUUUAUGACUUAUAUAUAGAUCAUAUAUGGCCACAGGGUAGGUACCGUUUUUGGUCACUCUAGAGCCAGUUUUGGACACAGAAAAAUUAAAAUAAAAUAAUUUUCAAACCACGUAACAACAUAAUUAAUUUUAAAAAUUUCUUCAGAUACUUUUAUCUCACUAUUAAAAUGGAAAUUUUAUUUUACACUUUUUUUUUAUUUACAAUAAAGUAUUAAAUGUCCAAAAAUGGAGCAGUGGCCACAAUUGGUACCUCUACUCUAUAUGAUUUACUUUUCACCGGAAGUAAACUUUCACUCAGCUUUUAAAGCCUUUAGAACACACUCCCAAAGAUAAUAAUAGACUGAUAAUAAUUUUUUAACACAAGUAUUCCUCUAAAACUCAUAUCUAUGAAGUACAAAAAAUAAUAUUUCUUGAUAAUGAGUUUAUUUCCAUGACGUGUAUGCCAUUAUAACUUUUUACUUGUUUAUAAAAAAUUUAUAGUAAAUAUAAGUGCGUGUGUAACCAAUGGUACUUUGAUAUUAUUAAAUAAUAAUUAAUUUUUGUACCGCUGUAAUAAAAUAAAGCUACUUAAAAAAAUUUUUUAUUUUUAUUACAAGUUAAUGAUAAGCAAAGUGGAGCAAAAUGGAGUCUGCUUACGAUAAAUAAUUGGGAUAAAAAUUUAAAUUUUAAUUAAAUUGUA